AUGGUUGGGGUGAAGGAAGAGGCGGAUGAAGCGCAGAAAGAGACCGAAGAGAGGAGAGCACGAAAAAAAAGCAGCAGCAGCAGCAGCAGCAGCGGCAGCAGCAGAAAUGCCUGUGAAGCAGAACUAGCAGCAACAGCAGCAGCAACAGCAGAGCUAGCAGCAGCAACAGCAGCAGCAGCAGCAGCAGCAGUGGCGGUGUUGUUUGUACUUCCGUUCAUUUCUCUGUCUCCUUCUGUCUCCUCUGCCGUCUCCUCUCAUCCCCAGCAGUCGCCGCGUCUUAUCCAACUCAUAGUUGUAAAAUUUUUCGCCGUAAGGCAGCCGCAGCUCUGCAGCAGCAGCAGCAGAAGCAGCAGCAGCAGCAGCAGCAGCAGCACACGCUCAGGCAUUGGCACACAGGUAGAAAGCUGCAGCUUACCGCUAACCGCAGCAGCUCACAAACUCACGCUCAAGCACCAGCUGCAGCAGCAGCAACUACAACAGCAACAGCAGCAACAGCAGCGGCAGCAACGGCAGCAACUGCAACAGCAGCAGCAGCAGACUGACCGUAAGGUCUAUCUGUCUCCGCGAGGAGGUGGCGGUCUUCAAAUGACCCGGGGAGAGGCCGCCCCAACUCCAGCAGACGCAUAA